AUGCACCGUUUCGAACAGGGUGGUAGCUUGAGUGUGCAACAAGACGAUAUCAAAGUUUUGGGAACGCAUCAGCUGUCUGAAAUAGGGGAAAACGAUACUGCUCCAUUACCUCCUCCAGAAAUCGGUGACACAAUCGACGGUUCGAAAACCUGGCACAUGCGACUAACGUUUGACAAGCUGCCGGGCGGUUGCAACCUGCACCGUUGCAAGCUGUGCGGCAAAAUAGUGACGCACAUCCGUAACCACUAUCACGUGCACUUCCCGGGCCGAUUCGAGUGUCCCCUCUGCCGAGCCACGUACACUCGCAGCGACAACCUGCGCACCCAUUGCAAAUUUAAGCACCCGCGCUACAAUCCCGACACCAGGAAGUUCGAUCUCCACCAGCCCAAGUUCGAACAGCUCCCGUCGCCCAACUCCGCUUCUGCCCUAGCGGACGUGAAAUGCUACAAGGUGUCCCAACUGUUCCAGCGAGUGGGCUCGAUGGACGAACGACGCAGGUGCGUGCUGUGCGGCAAAAUAGUGAGCAACACGCGCAACCACUACUACGUCCACUUUCCCGGACAGUACUCCUGCACCCACUGCCCUGCCGUGUACACGCGCAGCGACACGCUGCUGCUGCACAUGCGCACCAAGCAUCCCUCGGUUGCUUAG